AUGGUUGCAUGUAAAAUCAAAACAGAUGGACAAUCAUAUUUAGUUCCGGAUAAUUUAGUUCUUGAAAACAAUAGUCAAUUAAAUGAUUUUACAAUUCUUCAAAUACCAGGAGAAAUUAAUAAACAACAUGAACAAAAAUUAGUUAUUGCUGUAGUUAAUUAUGUUUUUGAUGGAAAAAUUUUUGGAGAGCCUUAUCUGUCUUUUUCGUUUAGAAAUAUUACUUAUGAUAAGUUAAGUCUUGAAUUGAUGAGAGAUGGAGAAUUUCUUCUUCCACAACCUUUUUACAAGAUUAAUUUCAAUUUUAAACUUAUUUUACUAAAUUAUGAUGGGUCUGUCUAUUACUCCUUUCAAAAAUCCAAUGAAAUUGUUUAUUGUCAUCAAACUGAUGAACAUUUUGACCCUACAACGAUACAACCUCUUUUGAAUAGCUAUGUGGACAGUAUUUUUAAUGAUAAAGAAAUUGCGAAAAAAGUUAUUCAUAUAAAUGUUGAAUGGGAUUUGUCUUUAAAAAAAGAAUUUGAAAAUAAAUAUAAGAAAGAACAAAUAAAUGAAAAUUAUAAGUUACAGAAUAAGUUCAAUAAUAAUUCAAAACAGAACCACGUUUCUUUAAGUACAAUGCUUGAUAAUUUUGUUAAAUCUGAAAAUACACAAUGCUGGAACUGCCCAAAAUGUAAAAACAUUUCUGGGUCAAUGCAAAUUAAAUUUGAUCAUUUGCCUGACAUUCUAGUGUUUUAUCUUAAACGUCUUACUCAGACUGGAAGAGGAACAAAAAGGAAUGAUAAAAUUGUUAAUAAUCCUGAAGAGCUUGAUAUGAGCUCUUAUUGUAUCAAUGGAAAUAUAUACGAUUUGUCUUGUGUAAUAUAUCAUCAUGGAAUUCAAUUUAGCUCCGGUCAUUACACAGCAGCUACUCGUAAUAUAAUUGAUGGAAAGUGGCGUUUAUUUAAUGACAAUUUGGUUACAGAAAAAUCUCAAAACGAAAUUUGUGAAUCGGAUUGUACUUACAUGCUCUUUUAUCAACGUAGACGUUCUACUGAUUGGUUCCACGAAGAUGUUCCAAAUAAAAUUAUUAAAAAAUAUCAAGGAAUAACGGAAGGAGUUGAUCGGGAAAACAUCAGCCGACGUAAUAAUUAUUCAAAAACGAAUCGUAAAAAUUCCCGUCUUUUUGAAAUGAAUAUUUUUUAAAUUAAUAAUUUAAUUAAUCCUUGAGCAUUUUUAAUCAUUGAGAGAAAAGAAAGUAAAAGGAGAAAGGAAUGGAAAGUUUGCUGAGAAUAUAAAGCUUUUAAUUUCAUGAAGUCCAGAGAAAAAAAGGAUACGGUCUGAAAAAGGAUGCGGAAAACAUUUACGGACGUGGAGGACUGACUAAA